GCCAGACUUUGAAACUGUCCGCAUUAUAUCACGGGAAAUUAUGGACUUGAUUGGGCUGUUGUUCAAACGGUCUUUUUUUUAGUGCAAAGUGAAUAUUUACAAAUACUUUCAAAGCUUGUACUUAGAAACUUUGCUCUAUUACGUGUAUAAUUACAGAAAAUGCCCGCAUAUCAUUCACAGUAUAACGAUGGCGACUACCAGUCCAUUGGAAAUAUGUUUCUGUUGCCAAUAAAGACGAAAUUUAGAGGGAAUGCUCCUUUCGCCGACCCCAACACAACCGACAUUAUCGAUGAAGCACUCGACUUGUUUCGCGCCAAUUGCCUUUUCCGAAACUUUGAAAUCAAAGGGAAUGCGGACAGAGUUCUUAUCUAUUUGAUUUUAUUCAUACAGCAAUGUCUUGGCUCGAUAAAUAGAAAUACACCACAAGGCGACGCUUUCAAAAUUUUAAAUACUUUGGCACUUUCCAAUUUUGCUAUUCCUGGAGAUCCCUCUUUUCCUCUCAAUGCAAUGUAUCAAGCUCCCAUAGACAAGUCUCAAGCGGAUCAAAUGAAACAGUAUAUGCAGCAACUUCGUCAAGAGCUUGCAGCUCGAUUAGUCGAUACGAUUUUCGUUGAUGGACUUCCAAGUAAAUGGUGGAUGUGCUUUUCAAAGAGAAAGUUUAUGAACCUGAGCCUUUAAGAAAACAAAGGGAGACAUUCAGAUUCUUACUUUUUAAGAUAACAAUAAAUUCUGUAAAACAGACUCUAUGUAAAAUUGAUUUAAGCCAACUGGAAAGGAAAAGAAGGCUUAAGUCUUAACACCAAACAGUCAAAACUGCAACAGUAAAUUUGAAUCAAAACCUUACCAAUUCUUCACCUUUCUUAAUUUUUCUAUUCCCAUUUACAAAGAUACCCACUUUUAUGUGUUUUGU